CACAACUCCAUAGCUACAGCAAACUUCCAGUUACUGCGCUUUUUCCAAGUCGUUUACGCUCACGCUCUUUUCCAGUGUACUGACUCUACAUCGACUGCACCAUGUCUGACAUCAAGUACUCCACAAUCUUGGGCGCCCCAGGCGAUGCAAAAGCCAGCUGCAAGGGGCAUGGAACGCUUGAAAUCCUCGAAAUCAUCCAGAUACUCGAGAGUGCAGGGAUUCCGUGCUGCAUAGUUGGCAUUUCAGCAUUAAAAUACUUUGGCGCGUGGAUAAUGCGAAAUGACUGGGAAAUAUGUGUGCCAACGGAGAGUCUUGACAGAGCCUCUGCCCUUCUGAAAGGUGCGCCAUACGAUGAUAUAUACGAGCCAUGUCAACAUGAGCGCCCCCAUAUCUACUCCCUACUCCAUACAUUUCCGCGGUUCAAAUUGAAGGGCGUUGAUCUUUGGUUCGACCUCAUUCCUUCGGAAGACGCCCAUCUCGCUUGUGAACCUGCAAAUUUCGAGCGGAGUAAAAUGGGCCUUCCUUAUCCAAAACUCGAAAUCUUCGCCCAGAGUCUCGUGGACACAAACAGUGCCGUACGGAUUGCAGACCUUGUCGAUGGAAUGGGUUUGACCGAGGAAUGGGGUUCUCAGAAUCUUGAUCUCAGUGGGACAAAUGAUAUAGUUUGGGCACAGCAAAAAAACAAGCGAAUUAGCAAGUCUGUUCCAGAAACGACAAAUUCACUUAUGCUCCAAGUCAGCGAAGCACCAUUCAGCAAGAAAGAGAUUUGGGAUGACAUCGUGAGAUCAAGAGAUCAACGAAUUGAUCUUGCUUGUUCGAAAGAGGUCUACGUGACCCGCUUUCGCUCUCGAGACAGUGGAGAUCCGCGAUUACUUGAAAGGAACUUUGUUUGAGACAUCCUAAUUGUCCACAUCUCAAUGCGCAAUGAAUGAACAUAUCAAGUAGCGGAAAUCAAGAAGAAAUUGAAGCUAUGAAUUUUUCUCUGUCC